CUGGUGCUGAGCCAGAGAACCUGUUAGGGGAAAAGGAUGUCCUAAAGCUCAUUCCGUACAGGCUUCGUGGACUCCACCCCCACCCCAGGCCAAUGCCAAAGACACUGGGAACUCCAAAUCCCAUCACCACCCAAGGGAAGGUGGCUGGGACCUGAGGGUGGGGUUAAGCAGCCAGGUUUGGUAAAACCGGACACGUGGGCUUUGGAGAAGAUCCUCCAUUUUGGCUCCUCACCAGCUCAGCGUCAGGCCAGCUCUGAGAGUGCCUUUGGGUUUCCAGGUCGGCGGAUCGGACAGAUUUCAAGGCCUUCGGAGGCCGAAUGACCGAGUUUCUGUGUAGUUCCAUCACUGGAAAAUUCUGACAGCUUCAUCUCUGCUUCCAAACCAAACUGGAGCUUUUGAAGAAAAGCCAUGGCCUUAGUUACCACUAUCAAGAAGAUGAAGGAGGAAGCCACGUGCUCUCUCUGCCAGCAGCUGAUGACGAAGCCUGUGAGCAUCGAAUGUGAGCACAGCUUCUGCUGUGAGUGCAUAGAGGACAUUAUGAAGAAACAACAACAGUGGGACUCAGACCUGGAGGAGUUCAACUGUCCCCUGUGUUGGAAAAUAUUUGAGAGGAAGGAUCUCCGGCCCAUGAAACAGCUGGAAAACCUCAUUGAAACUAUCAAGAAAAUGGACCGUGAGAAGCUGUGUGAGGAACAUGGGGAGCAACUCCACCUGUUCUGUGAGGACAACGGCCAGCUCAUCUGCUGGUGCUGUGAGCGGUCCCUAGAGCACAAAGGACACAGCCAUGUUCUUGACAAAGAAGCAUAUCCCGAGUACAAGGGAAAGAUCCAGGAUGCUGUGGCAAAACUGAGGCAACAGGAAGAUGAGUGUAAUAGCUUAAAGGUGACCAUAAGCAGACAAAUCCUUAAAUGGGAGGAGAAGAUGGAUCUUCAGAGAGAAAAAAUCCUUUCUGACUUUCAGAGUCUCCUCGACUUACUCCGUGGAGAAGAGUUGUAUUUUCUGGAGGAACUGGAAAUGGAAAAAUGGCAGACUCUCAAAAAACUGCAGGACAGUGAAGCCAGUGUGGAAAGGCAGAGCAGUGAACUGAAGAGUCACAUCCUGGAACUACAGAAGAAACAUCAGGAAUCAACCCUGAAUUUGCUGAAGGGCGUGAAAGACACCCUGAACAGGAGUUCAGCUAUGAAGCUGCAAGUCCCAGAGGCCGUGUCUUUGGAACCUCGUACUGUCUGCAAUGUUUCUGAGCUCUACUUCGAUGUGAGGGACAUGUUAAAGACCUACCAAGUCAGUGUGACUCUGGAUCCAGAGACAGCUCACAGUAAUCUAAUUCUGUCUGAGGAUGGGAGAAAAGUGACCCAUGGAGACACCCAGAAAAAGCGUUACAACUCUAAGAGAUUUCGUGCCUUACCCUGUGUCCUGGGCUCUGAGGGCUUCACCUCAGGACGACAUUACUUUGAAGUGGACGUGGGACAGGGAACCGGGUGGAACUUAGGAGUUUGCCUGGAAGAUGUGCCCAGAGACAGGGACAUGAAGUUGAAGCCUGCAUCUGGAUUCUGGGUGAUCAGGUGGAGGAGAGCAGAUGGCUGCACUGCCCUUACUGAUUAUAUAAAAUCCCUUUCUCUGCCUGAGAAGCCCCAGAUUGUGGGGGUUUUUCUUGACUAUGAGGCUGGACGUGUGUCCUUUUACAACAUGCCCACUGGUUCCCUCUUACACACCUUCUACCUGCCUUCUGCCACCUUUUCUAAAACUCUCCGACCCUUUUUCUGGGUUGAUCACAAUUCUUCCUUAUUCCUACCUCCUCCAGAUGAGAAAAGACAUGAAUAAAGCCUCCAUGGUGGAACCAUCAUAUCAUAGAGAAUAUAAUCAAAAUGCUGUGAAGACCAUAAGUUGGCCUCUAUUUUUCACUUCUGUUUCCCUUUACCUAGAACAGUGCUGAGCACUCAGUGAGUACUCAGUAAAUCUUCAUUGAAUGAAUGGAUAUAAAAACUCAAAAUGUGGGCCUCCCUGGUGGUGCAGUCGGUUUAGCACCGCUCUGUGAAGCUGUCCACAGCCUCUGCAGCGCAGGUUCAAUUCCGGCCAGCCGGCAAUGAUCCCAUGUGGUGAAGCAGACCUCUCCUGUCUCGCCCGCUGCUCCCCUCAGCAGUGUAUUUUGUCAGUUUGCCUGUUCUGUUCCCUGCUCUGUGUCUGGUGAAUCCUCUCACCCUCCCUCGCAUCUGGCCUGUGCCCCGGUUCUUGUAUAAAAAUAAAUAAAUCUUUAAAAACAAGACACAACAAACUCAAAAUCCUGUAGAUGGUCAGCCUUCGCUGGGGAAAAAG